CCGGGCCGCUGGGUGAGGGAGCACGGGGCAGGCUGCGCUCAGGCGGCCGUGACGGCGGUCCCCGGGCGGAGCCGGCAGGCGGCGGGACGAGCGGACGGGCGGCGGCGGCGGGAUGGCCACCCUGUGGAUGGGCGACCUGGAACAGUACAUGGAUGAGACUUUUAUCAAGCAGGCCUUUUCAGCCAUGGGUGAGCCAACUGUUAAUGUGAAAAUCAUUAGCAACAGAAUGACCGGAACGUUAGCAGGCUAUUGCUUUGUGGAAUUAGCCGAUCAAACCAGCGCUGAUCGUUGUCUCCAUAAAUUGAAUGGGAAGCCUUUGCCAGGUUCAAAUCCGCCCAAGAAAUUCAAGUUAAACUAUGCAACCUAUGGAAAAAAACCAGAUGCAGGCCAAGAAUAUUCCAUAUUUGUGGGUGACCUCUCUUCUGAAGUUGAUGAUUUUCAUCUGUAUGAUUACUUUGUGAAAAAAUAUCCAUCUUGUAGAGGUGGGAAAGUGGUUACAGACACAUCUGGAAACUCAAGAGGUUUUGGAUUUGUCAGGUUUUCUGACGAAGCAGAACAGAAAAAGGCUUUAGAAGAAUGUCAAAACAGCAAAGGUUUAGGAGGAAAACCUAUCCGAAUAAGUAUAGCAGUGCCAAAAAGUGCAAAAACAAAAUCAGAAUACCAGCCAACUGCCAGCUACAACUACACACAAUACUAUCAGCAGUACCAACAGUAUUACUCACAGUGGGGUUAUGAUCCCUAUGCCAGCUAUGGCUAUGGAUACCCACAGUAUGGUACCACUGAGACAUCAGCAAUAACUUCUUCGCUGAUGACAGAAAUGUCUCAACUAUCUGAGUUUCAACAAAAUUCUGCACUGAGUGAGGAGAAUGAAGAAGAAUGUGUGGAAGAUCCAGAUCCAAAGUUGGAUAUCGAUGAAGUUAACAAACAAUUCAUGGAACAAAGUGAAGAACUUUAUGAAUCCUUAAUGAAUUGUCAUUGGCAACCCCUGGAUUCCAUCACAUCAGAGAUUCCCAGUGUAGUAUAAUUAAAAACACUUUUGUAAUAUAAUUCCUUAAAAUAGCUAUAUAAUUAAAAAAAGGAGGGCUGUUUGCUAGUUUAUGAUUGGUUUUGAGUUAUGACCUUAAAUUGCAUUAGGCAUCCUGUAUAUUUAAGACUUUUUUGUAUUGCAAAAUUCAACCUGCUCUGUGAAUUAAUUUCCAUUUUAUACAGUACUCUUCAUCUUGGACCAGCUUGCUGAAUAAACAGUCAUCUUCUG